AUGUCGGACGCCAGCAAACAGCUGAUGGCUCAGAAAAGUGGUAAAAUUGCAGCUGGAGCAGUUGUGUGUGUUGAGAGUGAAAUAAGAGGAGAUGUGUCCAUCGGAGCCAGAACAGUCGUCCACCCAAAGGCCAGGAUCAUAGCAGAGGCUGGGCCUAUUGUCAUUGGAGAGGGGAAUCUAAUAGAGGAGCAGGCUCUUAUUAUCAAUAGUUAUCCAGAGAACAUCAUGCCAGACACAGAGGGGGUGGAGCCAAAGACGAUGACGAUUGGAACCAACAACGUGUUCGAGGUUGGAUGUGUUUCCCAAGCUCUUAAAAUUGGGGACAAUAAUGUGAUUGAAUCCAAGGCUGACCUCGGGAGGAAUGUGAUCCUGACCAGCGGCUGCAUCGUGGGCGCCUGCUGCCAGGUCAACACGUGCGAGGUCGUGCCCGAGAACACGGUCGUGUACGGAUCAAACUGCAUCAGGCGCGUGCAGAGUGAGAAGCCGCAGCCUCAGACUCUGCAGCUCGACUUCCUCAUGAAGAUUCUGCCCAACUACCAUCACCUGAAGAAGACGGUGAAGGGCGGCGGCACGCCCGUGAGGAACUAAAGUGGAGGAAUUUAAACGUCCUGCACACGCCAACACCACAAACUCUCACAUUUCCCUCAGUUUGCACUCGCCGCACAAUUCAUUUUUUUUCCCUAAUGUCUAAUAAAAUCACCUGCAGCUUCAAAACAA